UGCUGGAACGCAUCAACUGGAAAUGGGUUGUCAUAGCUUCCGGGUCAGGAGGCGGAAACAUCAAAAGGACAUUAUUGUGACUGGCAGAAGUUAAUGGCAAUUCUGUGAAGCUUAUCCUGUUACAUUAUGGUAGAGCCAUGAAGUCAUAUGGAAAUUUCACCCUGUUGUCAGAAAGAGGCUCUUAUAUGCAUUAUCCUGCAGAAACCCUAAGAACGGACAAUGAAAGGAGUCAAAGUAUAUUAAACCUCACUCUGGAGAUCAUCUACUUGCUGACUGGAGAGGAUUGCAUAGUAUUGAAGAAAACAACUGGGGAGUGUGUGACCCCUGCCACAGCAGGAUGGGGCAGAACCCAAAGCUCCAUUAUGGUGCCCCCACCUUAUUCACUGAUACAUGAGAUAAAUAAUGAGCAGAAGAUCCUAGAACUCACCAAGAAGAUCAUUGAGCUGUUGACUGGAGAGGUUCCUAUAAGGUGUCAGGAUGUCACUGUCCAUUUCUCCAUGGAGGAGUGGGAGUAUUUAGAAGAACACAAGGAUCUGUACAAGGAUGUCAUCAAGGAGACUCACCAGCCCCUCACAUCACCGGGUAAAAUGAAAUCCAGUAAGAGAAAUUCACCAGAAAGAUAUCUCAGUCCCCCUUAUCCCCUGGAUUAUCCAGAGGAAAUUGUCCUACAGAAUCAUCAGGGUGAAGAUCUGAUUGAGCAACCAAUUGAAGUUAUAGAUGGAGAAGAGGAGACUAAUGAGGAAGAUGAUCAGCACAUUACAGAGGUUGAAAUUUUUACAGAUAUUAGCCCAGAUGGAAGUAGAAACUGGAACAUCUCCGAGAGACAGUUCAUUGUAGCUCAAGAUUGUGGGACCCAAAAUAACAUUGUUCCUCAAGAUUUUCCAGAAGACGACAAAUCUUUUAUGGCAUCUGCAGCCUUACUUCUUAAUAGUACAGAUCUAUCACCUGAUCCAUCUAGUUUUUCCGAAUCUCCUGCUUCUAACACUAAAUCACCUUCUGCUAUUACCCGCAAUGGGAGCAAAGUACAUUAUUGCUCUGAAUGCGGGAAGUAUUUCACUCGUAGGUCAAAUCUUUUGGCCCAUCAGCGAUAUCACAAUGGAGAGAGACCAUUCCCAUGUUUGGAAUGCGGGAAACGGUUUUCGAGAAAAGACAGACUUAUGGCGCAUCAGAGAAUUCACACCGGAGAAAAGCCAUUUGCUUGUCUUGUGUGUGGGAAAUGUUACACCCGUAAUGAGUCACUUAUAGAACACCAUAAAAGUCACUCUCGCCAGAAGCCAUUUUCAUGUUCUGAAUGUGGCCAAUGUUUUAGGCAUGAGAGUACACUUCUUGAUCACCAUAGAACACACAUGGAGCAGUCAUUUUCAUGUUCCGAGUGUGAAAGCUGUUUCUUCCAGGAAUCCGAGCUUGAGAAACACCUUCUAAGCCACACAAUUGAAGCACCACUUGUCUGUUCUCAGUGCGGAAUUAUUUUUGCCAACCAGUCAGAUCUCGAUGAACAUGUGAAGAAUCAUAUCUGGGAGCAACAGUUUUCUUGUUUUGAAUGUGGAAAAUUUUUCACUGCAUCUAAUCAGCAAGCUUACUUGGGUGAAAAGCCACUUACAUGUCCAGAGUGUGAUAGAUAUUUUGCAGAAAAAUCUGUCAAUUUGCAGAAAAAUCUGGUCAAGCAUAAGCGUAUUCGCACCCGGGAGAAACCAUACAUGUGUUCUGAAUGCGGGAAGUGCUUUGCACAAAAAUCGGUUCUUAUCCAGCAUCAGAGAACACACACUGGGGAGAAGCCAUUUGCCUGUUCUGAUUGUGGAAAGUGUUUUGCCAAGAAAUCGAACUUGAUCCCACACAUGAGAACUCAUAACGGCGAGAGGCCAUUUCCAUGCCUUCAGUGUGGUAAAUCCUUUACCAGGAACGAUCGGCUUUUGGCUCAUCAGAGAACCCACACUGGGGAGAAAGCAUUUCCGUGCUCGGAGUGUGGGAAACACUUUGCCUAUGAAUCAGAUCUCAUUAUGCACAAGAAAUCUCAUAUAGAUGUAAAGCCGUUCCUAUGUGCAGCAUGCGGGGAGUGUUUUACAGACAUUUCAGAUCUUCUAAAACACAAGGCGGUUCACUUAGGCAAUGCUUCAUUCACAUUCUAGGAGUGACAGGGGGAAGUUUUGUGUCUAAAUAUACAUUUUUUACAGAGACGUUUUCUACAUAUUUUUUGCCGGAGACUGAACUGUAAGAUUAUCUGUGCAUUUCUAGCCAACGUGACUCGUCACGCAUUUUGAGCAAUUUCUUAAAAACAGUAUUAUAAAGAUGUUUUAUUUAAUAUUGUUAUCUAUCAUUAAUAUGAAUUGAGCAUUUAUAAUCUGGGUAGCUCCCGUGUUUCUCCCACAAGGAGCUCACUGACCUCUCUCAUGUAAUAUUUAGUAAAGUUCCAUGCAUGAUUCCUAAAUGCCACAAACCAGUUCUCAUGGGAAAAGCAUCAAGCAUGAAUUGCUUCUGCUAGGCUAAAUUUUCCAGUGGUGAUGUGUGAUUGUCUCAGGACUAGAAAGCUAAAUUAAAGUGUUGGUUUGCUGAGUGGAAUACUGUGUAGGUAAUAUGUGACCUUAGGCCAUUUUCACACAGGUGUGGGUAGUCCAGGAAAUAAGGACUGCAUUUUUUGAACUGACUGUGGAUCUCUGCUGACCAGAGCUCCCUUCAUUAUACACUGAACAAAAAUAUAAACACAACACUUUCGGUUUUGCUCCCAUUUUGCAUGAGCUGAACUCAAAGAUCUGAAACAUUUUCUACAUACACAAAAGA